CCCACUCAAAACUCAGCAGUGGGCGGUCUCACGUACCCGGCUUUCUUUUGAGAUUUAGCUGUUCUCUUCCUCACCAGUGAAUCCAUUGAAUGCAUUGCAUUUUGGGGUUGGCGUAACAGUAGCAGUACCAACGCUUUAGAGUCCACAUAAUGACAACUUUAUCACAGACAAAGGAAAUCUUCCGGAGAGCAGAUGCUGUCUGUUUCGACGUGGAUAGCACUGUUAUUAGAGAGGAGGGCAUUGAUGAGCUUGCCAAAUUCUGCGGAGUUGGAGAUGCAGUUACAGAAAUGACUCGCAAGGCCAUGGGUGGAUCAGUGACUUUUCAAAAGGCUCUUAUGGAUCGUCUCUCAAUCAUUCGAUGCUCAAGGGAACAAGUAAACAAACUGAUAACAGACCACCCCCCACAACUGACCACAGGUAUCAAGGAGCUUGUCGACAAUUUGCACCAGCGCAAUGUCAACGUUUUCCUCAUCUCCGGUGGUUUCCGCUGCAUUGUGGAGCAUGUUGCCUCUCAGCUCAGUAUUCCCCUUCAUCAUGUCUACGCCAACCGGCUCAAGUUCUAUUUUAACGGUGAGUAUGCAGGAUUUGAUGAGAGCCAGCCCACUGCUGAGAGUGGCGGAAAGGGCAGGGUGAUCAACAUGCUCAAGGAGCAGUACGGCUUCAAAGACGUGGUGAUGAUUGGUGAUGGUGCUACAGACCUGGAGGCCUGUCCCCCUGCAAGUGCCUUCAUUGGUUUUGGUGGAAAUGUGGUGAGACCACAGGUGAAAGAGAGGUGCUCUUGGUAUGUCUCAAGUUUUGGAGAGCUGCUAAAAGAACUUGAGAAGAUCUAACAAGGGAUAUCAGGGCUUUUUGAGAAUUCACUAAUGUAACUAAUGCUAAGUUUAAAUAUUUUUUAACUCAUCCAGUCAAUAGAUUUUUUUAUAAUGAAUGGAAAUGUUUACACUAUAAUAGUGGGACUUUAGGGGGAGGUGUUGUCCUUGAAUAUUUUAUACUUGUAUAGAACACUAAAAAGUUAACCAAAUGUCUAUUUGGAAAGAUUGUGUUUUUUUAAACAGCACUUUCCAUGUUAAAGCUUCAGUCAGAUUGAUAACAAAACUGCAAAAAAUGUGUGCCAUGUGGAAUACAGAUUACUACUGACACAAUAAAGUGUAUAGUGCAGUUUGGGAUAUCUGCCUUUUUUGUUUUAAUUGUACAUCUUUAACAACACUAUCCCAGAUGUUCUUUAAAUAUUUUUAUUCAUGUAUGACAUUCUUGCCACCUGUCAAUUUACCCUUACAUCGGGGGGAAACUGGACAUGCUACUAUAACACUAAAACCCUCUUAGAAAUCACAAUUAGCAGUAGCAUGACUGCACAAUUACAGCAUCAGAGUAGUGGUUUACACAAUACAUGAGAUGUUAUGCCCAACUGAACAUCAAACUGAUAAAACUUGUUAAAGAAAAAAUGGGCAUGCAAUCAUUUUCUCAUCGAUAAAACAAAAGCCAUGUUUACCAGCACAGUACGAUAAACACACAUCAAGCUUAUUGCGUAUAGUGAAAAGGAGAGACAUGAGGGAAUGCCCACAAAAGUAUAUUUUGGGGAAAAGCAGACAUUUGGAUUUCCAUGUACUUCUGUGACAACUAAGGGCCUGGGGUUCAUUAUACAACUUGGUAUUCAUAAUCUUUUGCAUACCUUGUGUGCUGAUGAUGUCAAUGACCAUUCAAGAGAUUCUCCCAUUUACAAAGGACGGUUUAUGACACAUUGUCCUUUUGGCCUGUCGCCAACCAAUUGUUCCUUUCAGUGACAGCAUUGCUUACC